AACCCCUGCACUAUGUAUAUUUUAGAAAAAAUACAGUGUCCGAUUUGAACAUUAUAUUUGGUGGGUAGUAACAUGGUCUACAGAUUUGCUGAUCAUUUCUGGAAUACCGACUUUAAUGGGACAUCAGGUUAUGAAACGUUAAUAACACGCUUAAAAGAUGGCAAGAAGUUAUGUGAUGUCUUUAUAGACUUCUUACGUGCAAGAGUAAAAAUUGAAGAAGAUUAUGGCAAGAGCUUAAUCAGACUGGGACAGUCUGCUGGCACAAAUGAUGAAGCAGGCACUCUUAAAAAUUCAUGGAAUGCUGUUACAAAGGAGGCUGAGAGUAUUGGAACUGUGCAUUGUGAAAUGGCGAAGAAACUCAAUGAAAUGAUUGACCGAACUUCAAAAUUUAGAGAACAACAAAAGAAUGACAGAUCGAAAACAGAUGACAAAAUGAGAAAACUCCAGAGAGACAAAAAAAAUGCAUAUGAUACAAUGUUAAAGAAUAAAAGGACAUACGAAUUACGAAGUAAAGAAUCACAACAGUGCAAUGAUGCACUGGAUAGCAAAGCAACCUAUACACCUAGAGAAGAAGAAAAACUUAAAAAAAAUCAAUUCAAAGCCAAAACGCAAGCUGAAAAUGCAGACUCGAUUUAUCAAAGUAGUGUAAAAAAUUUGGAAGAUGCACGAAAUAAAUGGCAGCUUGAUAUGGAAGAUACUUGCGAGUUAUUUCAGAGAUUUGAAGUCAAUCGUAUUCAAUUUUUACGAAACGAGAUGUGGGUAUAUACGAAUCUUGAGUCAUUACAAGCUGUUGAUAUUGACCAUAAAUCCGAAGAUUGUCGUAAAGUUAUUGAAAAAUGCGAUGAAAAUGCAGAUAUUCAACAGUUUGUAAAUAUAAAACAGACAGGUUCCGAGCGACCAGCUCCUAUCUUAUAUGAAAGCUAUGCACACCACAGCCCAACAGGAAUAAGUGCAAGUCAAUCAUCUCAUCAACUCCACGUGAUGGGGAGGAAUGUCAUGCCUCCACGAUCCACUUCUGGUCCACUAGUCUCAGUUCCUCGGCAACCUUCUGUCAAAGAAGAUGCGUACGCAUCUAUAUCAGAAGUGCGCACUGCACGUGAUGGUGUUGCGAGAAGUGGUAAAGGAUUCUAUCGAGUUUUAUAUGAAUACGAAGCACAAGGACCGAAAGAGUUGUGUCUAAAGCCUGGAGACUUGAUAGAGGUGCUAGAGAUCGAAGAUGAUUUGUGGGCGCUUGGGCGGUUGAGCGGAAAAAAGGGCGCUUUUCCUUUGUCUUUUACCGAACCUUGGCAGCACUAGUAAUAAAAUUUCACUACGCAUGUGUAAUGUAAACAGACUGAAACGAAACUGAGCAAGCGCGCAAACAGUUAUUAUACGGCCGGCGUAUAAAAAAGCUGCGGCCCGACAAUAUGCUCCGCUGCGAUGUUAUGAGUGCAGUGAGUACACGGAUACAAUUACAGCUUAAGAUUUCGCUUCAGUUGGAACGAGCCUUUCAUAUAAACGGCGCCAAAUACGCACGAUAUAUAUAAAUGUGUAACUAUACAUAAAAUGUAUAACAUACAAACAUAAUGCACAAUAUUUUAUACUUUUGACGUUUAUAUUUGUUUUUACUUAUGAGUGUGAAUUUAUAUCUAUACUUAAUUAUUAGCACUUGUUUAAUUGGCGUGCUCUCCUACAUCCUUCUCACGAUACAUCUUGAUGUUUUGGAUUCUUUUCCAGCAUUUUAUGCCCAGCAACUGAGUUUGAAUUUGUGUUACACAACCAGGGUGCCUAUUCUGUCAGUAAUUUCAGGAAGUUUAAAAAUAUUGUCUGGAAAUAGUCGCGAUUUUUACCUGUUCUAUCAAUAAGUUUGUAUAACUUACUUUUUCAUAACCUAUGAUUUGUCAGAAUGUCUGUGCCCAAAAUAGUUGAAAAUGAUGUUCAGUGAACACCGCAAAAUACUAAUAGAUUUGCAAUUUUAUAUGUAGUAUAUUUUAUAGCUUGUAAAUAUUGAAUUAUUUACGUUAAUAGCAUAGACCUUUUGAGGAAUACAAGCACUAACAAACUGGAAUA